GGCCGCGGGCGCUGCGCCGGGGGGACGCCGCUGGCUGGAACAUCUGGCUCAACUUAUCUCUCAUUAAACUCGAUGUUCACCUCAAAGAAGUGCUGAGAGUCUGCACUGAGCACCUGUGACCGGUCAAGCAUUACUGAAACGCGGGUCUGUACGAGGCAGAACGUGUGCGGCUUGUGUGUAAUGACUGUUCUUGCGGAUGCCCUAGGGUAGGUCGCUGCUGUAUGUUAUUCCGGGCGAAACUGGCGCUUUCGUGACAAGAUGCCGCAUUUAACGCACCAGCUGGAGCUAUUUCCGGACCGUAGCGUGACUCUCCUCCUGUUUAAUCAUGUGAAAAAUGCUGCGGCUCUCAGAAAAAAAGCGAUGGAAGGCUGUAUUGAUGGAGCAUUAAUAAAUCCCGCCAUGAUUGUAGACCCUUUUCAAAUUCUUGUGGCAGCCAACAAGGCAGUUCAUCUACACAAGAUUGGUAAAAUGAAGACCAGAACUCUCUAUACAGAAAUCAUUUUCAACCUUUCGCCAAACAACAAUAUUUCAGAUGCAUUGAAAAAAUUUGGUAUUUCAGACAGUGACACAGCGGUACUCAUUGUUCUGGUUGAAGACAGAGAAAAAACUGUAAAUCUGGAAGAUGUAGCAUCUCAAGUAGAAGGCCAGCAGGUUUCUCUAGAUGAACUCCCCCAACUAACAGACAUUGCAAAAAUUAAAAAGAUGUACAAACUUACUCCACAGGAAGAAAAAAUCGGCACCUUAUUGGAUGGCAUUAUUUGCAGAAUGUCGACAAAAGAUGUUUUAUGAAAACGUGCAAAUAAAUUUUUUUUAAAAAGAAAAACAGAUCUUUUAAGCUUCAAAAAUACUUUGUGGUAAUUCAGCCUGUAUUUCAGAGAAAUCGGUGUAAUACCGAGUAGUGUGGUGGUAUCUGAGCUUUAACUAUAAAUACUAGCUUGGAUGUGGGAGUAAUCUAAGCUAUAUUCUAAGCACAAGCAAUUCUGCUGUACUAAGCAAAAUUUGCUAUUACCCUUUCUGUCUAUGUUCUUAUUUAACAAGAGAAAAGAUCACUUUUCCCGAUACCUUGAGCUGAUCAUAAAAAGAAGGCUUGAAAAUCUG